AUGAGACGCGUUCAUACCUCAAGUCUGUCGUCACGUGCCUUCUCACAGACAAGACUCCUACAAACUCAUCCCAAGAGUUCAAGAACCAAUGGAAAAGAUAUCCCCCUCUCCAACACGCGUCGGAAUCAACCGACCAAGGACCCCACAACCACACUCCUAGAAUCACGCUUCCCAACCAAAACCGUCCUUGUACUCCUCACCAUAGGCGGCCUAGCAUACUACUUCGUCGACAUAGUAGAAACCGACUGGACAGACAGCGUCUACGGCGCCUUCGAAACCGGCGACGAUGCCUCGCAGCUCGCCCAACCCCUCCACUUCUACUCCUCAAAAGAAGAAGUGCAACACAUCCUCGACUUCCACAUCCCAGACCCCAGCGCCCCGAUGAAAGACCCCGCCGUAGCGAAGUUCUUCUCGGAGCAAUUCGACAAGCUAUGCUACGGGUGGAUGAUGACGCCCGAUGAUUCAAAGAAGGGCGUCGAAGGCAUGCCAGACGUGCAGAUGCCCAUAACACACGGAUGUCGGUUCCGCAGCAACGAGCCAUGUGAGGAUUUCUUCGCACUAGGAACGUCGCCUGGUCCCGGGCAGAACCUGUGGAAUUACUGGACCGUACUAGAUGGGCAUGCAGGACGACACACGGCAUUCUACCUCCAAUGGACACUCAUCCCCAUGGUAUCCUCCGCACUCAGCACCCUAACACCGCACGCCUCCAGCCACCAAAUCGAAAGCAGUAUAAAAACCGCCUUCCUCGCCACAGACAAAAGUAUCAUGUCCCGCGCCAAAACAGCCGCAGCCUGGUUCCCCGCCGCCAACGCCGCCGCCAUCGCCGCGCUCACACCCGCUUUCUCGGGGUCCUGCGCGCUCCUCGCUGCAUUCGAUCCCCAGACCUCCAAGUUACGCGUAGCAUGCACAGGAGACUCGCGCGCCGUCCUAGGCCGCUGGGACCCGUCCACAUCCUCCUACACGGCAAUCCCCCUCUCCGAAGACCAAACCGGCUUCAACAAUAAGGAAGUGGAGAGAUUGGCAAACGAACACCCCGACGAACCCUCCGUCAUAGACCCCAAAACAGGCCGCAUGCUCGGCAUAGCCGUAACCCGCGGCUUCGGCGACCACCGCUGGAAAUGGGAUAACGAGACUAUCAAGGCGUGCCAGCACAAAUUCUGGGGUACGGCGCCAAGGCCAGGGAAUUUGAGCCCGCCCUAUAUGACGGCAGAGCCUGAGGUAACGGAAACGGAUGUUGUGAGGAGGGAGCCGCGGGAUGGCAUGCUGUGUGGUGAUGACGGUACAGCAGAAGGAGAAGGGGGCAAAAGCGAUUUCCUUAUCCUCGCUUCAGACGGCCUAUGGGACCGGAUUUCUUCCGAACACGCCGUCGAGUGCGUGUCCCGCUAUCUCUCCGCGCGCGCCCGUGGCCAGGGUUCCGUGAAGGCGGACCCGGAACUCCUGGCGAACCCACCCGUUUUCCCGUCUAACUUCUCCAGCUUGGACCCGGGUGUGACGUGCGACCCCGCGGCAGGCGAAGACGUGGAUUGGAAAGCGGAGCCGCAGUAUUUUGCGAUUGAAGAUGAGAAUGCGGCGGUUUGUUUGGCGAGGAAUGCGAUGGGUGGGAAUAGGAGGGGGUUGUUCCUUGGGGUUUUGGCGGGGCCGGAGCCGUUGAGUAGGAAUGCGGUGGAUGAUACUACUAUUAUGGUUGUUUUCUUUGAUAAAUUGGAGGAGGGGAAGGCGAGCAGGGGUAAAAAGGUAGAAGAGAGUAGGAGUGGGGAUGGGGAGAAGAAGAAGAGGUGGUGGUGGCCGUUGUGA